UGAACGGAACAGCUUCUAAAUUCAUCUUAACCGAUAUGUAUAACACCCGGUAAGAAAGUGAGAUGAUAAAUAAUCGCCAUCGUUGACUCGGCGGAAAUUUACAAAGUGAGAGCUAUAAGCCUAUAACCAUGGCGGCUGCUGCUGCAUUUGCUGAUUGCCGUUUUCCUGUAUGCCGUGCUUUCGCCGAGAAAUCUCGGCUUUUCUCUUUCUCACGUAGCACAAUCACGUGCUCACCUCAUCAGACAAGUAAAGUACCUGCUGCUUCUGUAUCGUUCGCCCAACUUCGAGGACUUGGUUUCGCUGUCGAGAGGAAUCCAAACAGGUCAGGUUUUAAGCGGAACUCGGCCGUCCGUCAGUUGACUGGUUCUCUCACCGUUGCAGAGGGCCUCCGAUUUGCUAUUGUGGUGGCUCGUUUCAACGAAAUUAUAACGAGGCCACUUUUGGAGGGGGCUUUGGAAACUUUCAAGAAAUACUCUGUCAGAGAAGAAGAUGUUGAUGUUGUAUGGGUUCCAGGUAGUUUUGAAAUAGGUGUGGUUGCAGAGAAGCUGGGAAAGUCAAGAAAGUAUCACGCAAUCUUGUGCAUAGGUGCUGUGGUUAGAGGUGAUACUACUCAUUAUGAUGCCGUUUCUAAUUCAGCAGCAUCGGGAGUACUUUCAGCAGGUCUCAGUUCAGGUGUUCCUUGCAUAUUUGGUGUCUUGACAUGUGAAAAUAUGGAACAGGCGUUGAAUCGUGCUGGAGGCAAGUCUGGCAAUAAAGGCGCUGAAGCAGCGUUGACAGCGAUUGAGAUGGCAUCUCUGUUUGAGCAUCACCUCAACAAUUUACAAUAGGAGUUCUCUCUCAAAUGAGGGGUGUUCGGCAGCAUACCAUGACUUAUGCAGUGACAACAUUUCCACCUUUACAUUUGAUAGCUACUUCAAAAAUGUAAUUUAUGUUGUACCAACUGCCAAGUCAAAUCUCGAUUUCAUGGAAUAAUGGAAGGGCAUUGUUAUGAGGAUGUGGUAACCCCUUAUUAGCUUACCAACCAUUUUUUACAAAACACAACUUUUGAUAUUGUGCAAUAAAUUGUAUAAUAAUACAAAUAAGUUACAAUACAGUUGUUUUUCUGAUUGGUGCAUUACAGGUUUCCUUUUGUAGGGUUGGAUUCAGUGGAAUUUAUUUAUUCAUUGUUAAACCAAAC